AUGGCAAACGCAAUGAAAGUCCCGGCGUUCUCAGGAGAGCCAACGGAGAACAUCGAAGUCUCAAUUAUGGCUGCGCGAAUUGCAGCAGAAAGCCUUGGCAAACGAUGGGGACCAGACACCACAGCCACAGACAAGAUGUUUGCGCGGGUUAUGAUGUUACAAGGUGCCCUCAAAGGAGCGGCGGCAACAUUUGGCUCAGACUUAUUAAACAGGAUACCCGAAAUAUCUUUCGACAAAUUCUGUCAAGAUCUCCGAAGUCGUUUCCCGCCAAUCCCAAGAAAGAUUGUCGAAAAGGACGCAAGACAGAAAGCGAUGACAAUGUCACAAGACAAAGGAGAGAAGGUUCAAGACUACCUUAGUCGAGCUCAAACCCUUUCGGCACACCUGACAGACUGGGAAAAGCAGGAAUAUCUCGGGGAUCAACUCAUUGAGGGCCUUAGCCAUGACCCCCUCAGAUUCGCUGUUCGAAGCGGGAUCAAUGCCGAGAAGAAAUCCAACCCGGACCUUACUGUCGACCUGCCAUUUAUAGUCAACUUUAUCACAAGCACUUUGGAUCUAAAGGACGCAACCCCGUCAGUAACAAAAGGGACCAAGAAGGAAAUUACUUGGCAAACCAUUGGCGCAGGUGCUACGGGUUUGAAUUCCGACGAAGACAAACUUGACACACUUAUCAAAGGGAUGAACGAGUUACGGGCACAGCAAUCGGUACUGGCUGAGAACCAGCGAAUUAUGUCACAACCUCGUCCGCGGCCCCAAGGACCUCCUCGUCAAGGCUUUAAUGCGACCACGUACGCAAACAAGCAAGACCAAACGGCACAAAAUACCCUUCAGAGAGUAAUGUGCUAUAAUUGUGGGAAGUACGGGCAUUUCCUUCGAGAUUGCAACUUACCUCAAGCUACAUGGGAACAGCGCGAGUCAAACCGUCAAAAGGACCUCGACCAGAGAAACGCCUCAACCCAAGGACCUUCAGCAAAUGCAGCCACACCUGAUAGCCAAUAUGUCCACCCGUCCCGAAGACAAUUGAUGUCAACCGCACACCAUUCGGAGGAUGAACCACCACAGGAUGUUGCCCGUGGAUGGCAAAAGUACGAUCUGCCACUCUGUAUGGUAGACGGUGGAGCCUCGAUCAACAUCAUGUCUGAGGCAACCUGUCGCCAACUAGGCCUGGAAGUCGUCCAGCAGGAGAUGCUUGGCAUUAAGACAGCUAACAACACUUCCGAGCCAUGCUCGGGAUUUGUCCAGUUUGUCAUAAACACCUCAGGUGUGACACAAAAGAUAUCGGUGUAA